AUGCCACCUGCUCUCUUCGUACUCUCCCUCUUCUGGUUUACCAAAGGCCGUUUCUUAGUCCAAGACUCCGAAGGUGGGAAACUAAAUGAUCGUGAGAGUGAAUGCACGACUGAUCAACGUAUAGGUGUUCUCACUCAAGCCCUUCAGACCCCCGACCAUCCGGUACACAAACUCAUCGAGACGAAGAUCACGGAGAUCACGAAGAUCAAUGAGCAGAGCGCUGCUAUGGAUCUUGUGCGUGAUGAGAUCGCCAGGAUCGACGAGUUUUACAGAGCCAAAGCUGAGGAUCUUGCACUAGCUGCAAUGGCCAGAGCCACCGAGUACUACAAAGACAGUCUGGCCAAUGCUAAAAAGAGGAGUGUCGCGAACGAAGAGAAGAUGACGUCAAUCGAGGAUCGGUUGCAUGUCGUCCAACAGCAAGUGCAAGGCCAGCUCCCUGAGGCAAUCUGUAGGAAGAUCGCCAGCAUCAUCAACUCCAUGGCUAAGACCACAAUUGAGAAAGCCGACCAAGAGAGGUUUCGCAAGCUGGCAUCCACUACCAGCAACGCCGAUCACGAACUCUUGGAAGAGCUGCAAAACAAGGUCCUCGGCUACGAUGAGUCCCUCCAGGGCCUUGCAGGACUCCCAGCCGAGAUCAGCGAACUGAAGGUCGGAGUCAAGCAGCAGAUGGAUGAUCUUAGGUCUGCAAUCAGUGGACAAGACGAAAGCAUCGUCAAGCUUGUAGACACUCACACAUUACCAAGAGCACAGGGUACCGAUGCCGAAGUCUUGUCCAAGUUACAAGACAAAAUCGACAACCACGAUACACAGCUUCAAAGCUUCACUAAGAUGUCAAACGACCUGGGUGAAUUGGAGACCGAGGUCAAGACAUUUGCUAAGUCUCUCCGCCAGCUAAGCGCUGUUGUUAGCACCGUUCAGGCAAUGGAGAUUAGCCUUCAAAAACACGACGGUCAGAUCAUGGAACUGAAUGGCGCUUCAGCAAACGUCGAAACAUCUAUUAAGCAGCAUGAGCAGCUUGAGCAGAAAAUCGGACAGAUUGAGAAGAAUGUCAGCAGGGAGGCUUCAAGUCAUGAGAUCAUUCUGGCAAUGCAGGGUAAAAUAGAGAAAGUCGAGACAUCUCUUGCCGAGCUUGGCAGCGUCCGCUCGCAAGUCGGUGUGCUUGGUGAGCGUACUACAUCUUUUGAGGACAGGGUCGCUCAUCAAGAGGAGCUUCUCAAGCAACUCAAAGUCGCCGCGAAUGACGUCGAUAACAUGACCGCAAGGUCGAAGGCAUACGACGAUAUGCUCAACAAACUUCACACCAACGUGAACAAGUUAGCAGAAGACUUUGGAAGCAUCAAGGGGCUCGCAACGAUUAUUGAGAACCACGGGGAACAACUCGAAUAUUUUCAAAAAUGGGCAAACGAAGACAGCAAGGCCGUCAAAGAACUCGAGCGUAUCACUGUCAAUACUGCUGUCGAUAGCCCUCCAAGCGUUUCAGCCAGCACUGCUGCAGUACAUGUCCUGCCUGCGAGUGGUGCGCCCGCUAAGGAUCCUCAACAUCCCUCUCCCACAUCAGAAACCCAUGUUUUACAAGGAGAAGAUGUCUCUCAGACCUCAAUCCCAACGGAUCUUGCGGCCACUGCGACCAUCGAAGACCUCGAAGAUCCUCUAUCCACACCAGAAAACGAUGCAACACCAGCACCGAACGCACCGGCUCCGCUCCUCGUCUGGUCGAAGCUAUCCCACUCUGUCCCCUCCCCAUCAGCCGGUGACUCGAAUAGCCGCCUCCUGAAUCAGUACCCGGAUCCCUACACUUCCGGCAGUGACACGCUCGCUUCCAAGCCCAAUUCUCCCAGCCCACAGCCUCCUACCACAACUCCAGACGCGCACCUGACUCCUUCCUCGACCCAGACCUCGCCUCCGCAAGGCGAUGCAAGGACUUCCACGCCGACCUCUCCCGCCGCCACCCCAGCUGCGGCUUCGCUGCACGACGAGACGAUGAACAACCGGCCUGGGCACGACGAGACAGGAAUCCCCGAGCCGAGUGACGCGCUAGAAAAGCUCCUGGCUGACCUGGGAGAGGAGCGUGCAGACGGCGAUUUGGAAGUGGAUGUUGAGCACGCUGGAAACGGCUUGGAGGACGAGGAUACGUUUUAG